AUGCAGGAAGAUGACCCUAUGAUCUAUGAAGUACCUGAAAUCGAGCCUCCGAAAAGACCCAGAGACCCUCUACAGCCAACACCCAGACCCAAAGUCCGCCAUGAUGGUCGGCGGAGAAUCAGGGACGAAGGGCUGAUGCGUGUUUAUGUCCUCCAGCUCAUCACCAGGACCGUGCUGGAGGCCAGCUUUCUCGCGGGUCAAUAUUUGCUGUACGGUUUUAGGGUGAAGCCGAUUUUUGUGUGCUCCGGUAACCCUUGUCCGCACAGCGUUGAUUGUUUUGUGUCACGCCCGACCGAAAAAACGAUCUUCCUUCGGAUCAUGUACGGAGUAACCAUCCUCUGCCUCACUUUGAACGUUUGGGAGAUGCUCCAUUUAGGUAUUGGCUCAAUAUGUGACAUUAUUCGCAGAAGGCGCACCCCACCACCAGAGGAUGAGUACCAGUUAGGACUCUUAGGCUCGAAUACAAACGUAGAUGGUUCAGUCGGCGGUCCGGGUCCCGAAGCAGGGUCGGACGCAGGGGUCGGCGGAGACGGACCAGCCGAUUACGUAGGAUACCCUUUCUCCUGGAACACCCCGUCAGCCCCUCCCGGCUACAACAUUGUGGUGAAGCCAGAGCAGAUGCCGUACACGGACUUGAGCAACGCAAAGAUGGCUUGCAAGCAGAACCGCGCCAACAUCGCCCAAGAGGAACAGCAACAGUUUGGAAGCAAUGAGGACAACUUCCCCAGUGGAGGCGGGUCUCGGGUGGGUCUGAACAAGGACAUGAUCCAGCAAGCGCAACUGGAAGCGGCGAUUCAGGCCUACAGCCAGCAGCACCAGGCUGGAGAGGAGGAGCCAGAGCAAGGGGGGGACAGCCAGGACGACAAACCCCAAAGCAACAUCAUCAUCCAGGCACAACCGCAGCCUCAAAGCCAGCCGCAGAAAGAAAAAAAGCAUAGACUAAAACACACGAGUAAAGGGGGAAGCAGCGGAGGAUGCAGCAGCAGUAAUAGCAGUAGUAGUAAAUCGGCAGAAGGCAAGCCAUCGGUUUGGAUUUGA